GAAUGACGUAAGCCCCGAAAGAGAGGCUGUAAAUGGAUAUUGUAGAAUCCCGCCAUUUGUCAAUAAUAACAAGUUAAUAUGAAUUUUUCAAGAAAAAGAAUGAAAGCGAAAACAAAAGCGUGAAAUGGGUUACCUGAAAUUCAUAGAAGUUGAAAACUUCAAAUCGUAUAAAGGCAAACAGCGAAUCGGUUCGCUGAAGCCUUUUAUGGCAAUCAUCGGCCCAAAUGGAUCAGGAAAAUCAAAUUUUAUGGAUGCUAUCAGUUUUGUUUUGGGAGAGAAGACAUCAAGUUUGAGAGUUAAAAAAUUGAGCGAACUCAUUCAUGGAGCACCGAUUGGUGCACCAGUUUCAUCACGUGCAAGUGUGACUGCUGUUUAUGGUGAUGAAGAUGGAACAGAAAUUCAUUUUACAAGAGUUGUUAUUGGUUCUUCUUCUGAGUAUAAAAUUGAUGGAAAGAGUGUUAGUCAACAAGAUUAUUCUUCCAAGCUUGAAAAUUUAGGCAUUAAUGUAAAGGCAAAAAAUUUUCUUGUCUUCCAAGGAGCUGUUGAGUCAAUUGCCAUGAAAAAUCCAAAAGAAAGAACUGCUUUGUUUGAAGAAAUAUCUCAUUCCUCUGAUCACAAGGAUGAAUAUGAAAAAUUACGUACUGAAAUGAUAAAGGCAGAAGAAGAUACUCAAUUUACAUAUCAAAAGAAAAAAGGAAUUGCUGCUGAAAAAAAAGAAGCUCGUUUAGAAAAAGAGGAAGCAGAAAAAUAUCAACGUUUAAAAGAAGACCUGGCAGCCAAACAAGUGCAGUUUCAUUUAUAUAAAUUAUAUCAUAAUGAACAAGACAUGGAGCGUCUUACAGAAGAACUUUCGCACAAAAACAGAGAAUUAGAAAAAGUUUGUAGGAGGAGAGAGAAAAUUGAAGAGGAAGUAAAAGAUAAAAAAAAGGAACAUGGUAAACUUCAAAGAGAAUUGGCCAAAAUUGAACAGCAGAUCAGAGAGGCUGAAAUAGAAUUAAAUAAAAAACGCCCAGCUUAUAUUAAAGCUAAAGAAAGGACAACACACAUGCAGAAGAAAUUAGAAACAGCAAAGAAGUCUCUUAAAGCUGCAAAAAAAGUUCACGAAUCUCAUGAAGGUGAAGUUCAAGAUUUAGAAAAAGAGCUAAGAGAAAUUGAAAAGAGGCAGGAGGAAUUUGAAGAACAGUUAACCCAAGAAUCACAGUCUGAAGGUCGAGAUUUAACAUUAGAAGAUUCUCAGGUACAAGAAUAUAAUCACUUGAAAGAAGAAGCUGGCAAAUUGUCUUCUCGAUACUUACAAGAAUUGGAUUCUGUGAACAGAGACCAAAAAUCUGAUCAAGAUAGAUACGAUAACGAAGUCCGUAAGAAAACUGAAGUAGAAGCCAAAAUUAAACAAAAACGUUCUGAACUAGAUGAAAAUGUUAGGAGAUUGGAAAAGUUAAAUGAAUAUAUCAGAACAAGUGAAACCGGACUCUCUGAUCUUCGAACUCAAGAAAGAGAUAUAAGAGAAGAAGUACAAGAAGCAAAGAAACGUCUUCAGGAGAUAAAUGAAGAGUUAGAAUCUAUCAUGAAUGAAUUAGGAGAUGCCAAAGUAUGUAAUUAUUGCUAUAUAAAAAGUAUUCUUUCAAAUUUUAUUAGAAGAAUAUAAAUGAAUA